ACAUGAUAGGAAAGUGUGCUAGAUCUUCAACACAGCUGCUACAUUCCCCCAACAUUACUUCGCUCUGUUGCAGCCAGCAGUUACAGCAGAAGGAUGCGGCUACUCACAUAUGCUGCUGUCCUUGUCCUAAGUGUAGGGGGCAGAUGUCAGGGAAAUCAGAGGCGAGAUGUAAAGUGCAAUAACAGAAACUGUGGAGUCAACGAGAUCUGUGUCACCAACGCGUCUGGUGAACGAUGUGAAUGCAUGUUUGGUUAUAUCAAGACCAACGGAAACAUUUUCUGCCAACCGUCAUACACUGAGCGGCCUCUCGACAAGAUUAUUCGCGUAAACCGUUUAAAAGGAGUUUUACAUGAACUGUUCGAGGGUGAUAUAAAGCUGAAUCCUGAUCAAAAACGAGCAAUCGACGUGUACCUAGACCUUGUCAAAUGGAAUAUACUUGGCAAAAGAAACGAACCAUCAUUUAUAACUGGCGUUGACACGAAUUUAACUGACAGUCUACCCGACAUCCCCAUUCAGUACUGGCGUCUUCCGGUGCCUGUUGCAUUCGCACCUGAUGUUCCAGAUUCGGUUCGUGGCGACUUUUUGACUAUGGACAUCAAAGGUUACGCAUUCUUUCGUCCGUAUAAUGAUGGUGACAUUGAUUACAUAAUGGUACGGAAAGGUCACGGGUGUUGGUCCUAUGUUGGUCGACAAGGGGGGAUGCAGGAGGUUGCCGUCGAUGACGGCUGCGGUGAUAGAGAUACGAUAGGGCACCUGUUCUUUCACGCACUUGGGAUGUGGCAUGAACAAAACAGGGCUGAUCGGGAUGAGUAUAUUACUCUACACCCUCUCAACAUGGAAGCUGGUACGUCACAUUCAGUUUCAUGCGAAUGUUUUAUACUGAAGCUCAGAGACUACAUUAUGUCAACUCACGUCUUAAAAUAUUGA